AUGGACAAGAUUACCGAGAAAAUAGCGGCACUGCCGCCCGAUGGGGAGUAUUUCUCCCUCGAGUUCUUCCCUCCCAAGACGGCAAUGGGAUUCUCCAAUCUGCGUGUUCGUCUUCAGCGAAUGGAAAGAGCUCUGCGGCCUCUCUUCGUCAACGUCACCUGGGGAGCUGGCGGCUCAACAUCGCAAAAGUCGCUUGAGCUGGCCGAGCUGUGCCAGCGCGAGAUUGGCCUCACCACAUGUCUCCACCUCACAUGCACCAACAUGAGCCAGGCCCUAAUUGACCAGGCGCUGGAAGAUGCGAGAGCACUGGGAAUCCGCAACAUUCUCGCCUUGCGAGGAGACCCGCCCCGCGCCGAGUACCGAGACGCCGACGAGCCGGACCAGACUGCUUCCGAGGAGUUUACAUGGGCAAUUGACCUUGUCAAGUACAUUCGCAAGAAGUAUGGCAGCUACUUUUGCAUCGGUGUUGCUGCGUAUCCUGAGGGCCAUGGCGACGGAAGCCACCCCGAAGGCCAAAGCUUUGAACACGAUCUCCCGUAUCUCGUCGAGAAAGUCCAGGCUGGAGCAGACUUCAUAAUGACCCAACUAUUCUUCGACAUCGAGGCCUACGAAAAGUUUGAAACAACCCUGAGAAACCACCCUAGUGGCGCCUUCAAGACGAUACCCAUCUUGCCAGGCCUGAUGCCCAUUCAAAGCUAUGCAAUGAUCAAACGCACGGCAAAGCUAAGCCACGCCAAGAUACCGGAAGAGACUAUGGCUCGCCUCAACGCUGUUAAGGGAGACGAUGAAAAGGUCAAAAUGGUCGGAGUUGACAUCGUUAGCGAGUUAAUUGGGCAGAUUAGAGAAAUCAAGAGCAGGACCCCGGGCCCCAAGGGCUUCCAUUUCUACACGCUCAACCUCGAAAAGUCAAUCUCUUUCAUCCUCGAGAGAACCAAGCUGAUUCCUGAUGUCCCUGAUGAUGAGGAAGCCGUUGUCGAUGAGCCUGUGGCAGCAGCGGCGCAAUUGGUCGUACCAAAGAUCAGCGUCAAUGGUAAUGUACCACCUCGCUCGUCCAGCCACGCACGCACGGGCAGAAGACAGUCCUCUGUCGGUUCGGACCCGCAUAACCGUGUCAUCGUUGGCAGGGCCGCCACGCACCCGGAGUGGGAAGCAACCAGCACAGAGGCUGGUAUUCCCGCUGAAAGUGUCAACACUCGUGCAAACACAUUGGCCAUUUCUGAAGGCGAGGGCGCUCUUGGUCGUGAGGCGACGUGGGACGACUUCCCCAACGGUCGAUUUGGUGAUGCUCGCUCGCCCGCUUACGGAGAAAUUGACGGCUACGGCGUCAGCAUUCACAUGUCCGUCACACAGGCCGUUAGACUUUGGGGACAUCCAAAGGUAGCUAGUGACAUUAAUGACAUCUUUGUGAGACACAUUAGAGGAGAGAUUUCCGCCAUCCCCUGGAGCGAAGAAGACCUUCUUCCCGAGUCUUCCAUCAUCAAGUCCAAACUUGAGGCCAUGAACAGAAAGGGCUGGUGGACUGUUGCUUCUCAGCCCGCUGUCAACGGCUUGCCGUCGACGGAUUCCACCUUUGGAUGGGGCCCAGCGUCUGGAUUCGUGUUCCAGAAGUCAUUCGUCGAGUUCUUCAUCCCAUCUGCCGACUGGAAGAUUCUCUACGAUAAACUCACAUCUGCUGAAGUUGAGGAAGUGGUGUGCUUCUAUGCCAGCAAUGCUAAAGGCGACUUCAUCUCAUCCGAUGCCAGCGGUGGCUCCGGUCGAGCCGUCAUGAGCGCGAGUACGAAUGCCGUGACUUGGGGUGUGUUCCCCGGUAAGGAGAUUGUCACACCAACCAUCAUCGAAGAGGUCAGCUUCCGCGCUUGGAGCGAGGAGGCGUUUGAUAUUUGGGCCGAGUGGGCAAAGGUGUAUGGACGAGGAUCAGACAGCCAGAAGCUGUUGGACGAGAUCAAAGAGGACCGCUGGCUUGUGAAUAUCAUCCACCACGACUACGUGGACACGGAAGCUUUGUGGAGGUUGUUGAUCGAGUAA